CUGUGAAGCGACAGCAACACAGCGGCGAGCCGAACAGCUGAGAGCAGGCUCCCGUGUGGUCAGCUGUCUGCCUGUCAGCUCCUCCGCUCCACACACACCGACACCCAGCUCCAACAAGCACCAUGUCCUUCAUCCUCAACAAGAAGAAGAGGUUUAAAUUCAAAGUGGACUUCGACUUGGAGGAGUUGUCCUCGGUUCCCUUCGUGAAUGGAGUUUUAUUCUGUAAAGUCCGGCGCCUGGAUGGAGGCUUCGCCGAGGAGUCGACUAGGGAGCCAGUCCAAGCCAACUGUGUGCACUGGAGGAAGAGAUUCUCUUUCAUGUGUAAGAUGAGUGCUAAUGCUGGGACAGGUGUACUGGACCCCUGUCUGUGCCGGGUAUCUGUGCGCAAGGAGUUAAAGGGUGGAAAAACAUUUGCAAAGCUGGGCUUUGCUGACUUGAACCUGUCAGAGUUUGCUGGGUCUGGCAGCACGACGCGACGGUGUCUCCUUGAGGGAUAUGACACAAAGAACACCAGACAGGACAACUCAAUUCUCAAGGUCGUCAUUACCACACAACUUAUGUCCGGAGACCCCUGUUUCAAAACUCCUCCCUCCACAGCCAUGACUCUGGGAAUCCCACACGCAGAAUCAGAGUGUCUUCUUGAGGACAGAAAGGGAGGCGAUGUGCACAUAUCCCACUCACUCACUGAGAUUCCAAAGAAGUCCGUGUCGGUCCCAGAUGAGCUGGUAGUGUAUGGUCACUCUAGAACAUCCAGCUAUGCAAGUCAACAGUCCAAAAUCUCAGGUUAUAGCUCAAAUCACUCCAGUUUAACAGAUCUGAGCCAUCGGAGGAGUGCUUCAGGAGGUUCUGCCUCCACAGGCAUCGGUAGCAUCCUGGAAACCAUUGACCAGCAGGCUGAGAGACUAGAGAGGGAGAGCAGGUCUACUCCACCCGUCUCUACAUCCUGUCACCCUGCACCUGAAAACCCCUCCACCCCCGCCAGGGUGCUAAGACACCCUGUCAAGCAGAACUCGAUGGAGAAUCAGUUGAAGAGAGUCGAUGCCACCAGGGUGGACGCUGAUGACGUAAUAGAGAAAAUCCUGCAGAGCCAGGACUUCAGCCAGGGCUUCUUGGACUCCAGUGCAGAGGAAGAGGGGCUCCGCCUGUUUGUUGGUCCUGGUGGGAGUACAGCCUUGGGAAGCCAGCACACAAGGGUUGCCACUGGAGCCUUUGAGCAGGUGGUGUUCAAGCGUUAGGCUUCGGGAAGCAUGUGCCUCACAUGAAGGGUGCCGUAUUACACUGAUGCGGAGGACGCAAGCCUGAGGAAUGGAGAUGCCAUAAGACCCUGUUCAGGCCUCACUCCAGGAGAUUUAAUUUCUCUUAUGCAAUCCCUCCACAUCUGACCUACAGCUUCUGUUGACCAGGAGAGCCCUCCAGUGUCCAUGAAGUGGAGUUAAAAAGCAGUUUAGGAACAAUUACGGUGACUGAAAUGACUGGUGUACUGAUUUAUUCAGUUUGUUCUGCGCAAUGAAAAUGUAAGACAUGGGAUUAACAGUGCUGAAAUCCAUUUGUUCACGCCGCUUUGUCAGGGAGCAGGAUGUUUUCCCUGUUAUUUGAAAUAUACAUAUUGAAGUGUCAUGUUUUUACUUUGUUAUAAUUUUGAUUUUGUUUCUAUUUUAUUGUGUUAUUUUUUGUAUUUAAUUUGUAAAAAAAAAAAACUAAGUGAUUGAGUUAUUGCAGCUGAAAACAGGUUCAAAGGUGUUUCUCUUAAAUCAGACUGGAUAUACUGUAUAAGAAAUACUGUCACACAUUUGAGUGGUGUCCUCAUUUUUAUUUAAAUGUUUGUCAAUCCGCUAAAUUGAGUUACUGUACGUUUGCUGUCACUUAAGGAGCCAUAUCCGUAGUAUAUAAGUUAUGGUCCAUGUAAUGAAAGUCAGCUGAUGUAAAGCCCAAGAUGUGUUAAGAAAACUAUAUGUUGUUUUUAAGAUGUUAAAUGUUAAUGGAGCAUUGAAGACCAGAUCUGUAAUUAAAAAAGAUGUGCACUCUGGA